CCCCACCCCCCCAACGUCCCGACCUUGUCCUCCGCCCUAAUCUCGUCCAAUUUCUAGGGUUAGGAUUCCGAGGCCGCCCCUCCGAUCUCGGCGACAUGUACCAGUGGCGGAAGUUCGAGUUCUUCGAGGAGAAAUCCGCCGGCAAGGCGUCGAUCCCGAGCGAGAUCAGCGGCAACGUCCGGUGCUGCUCGAGCGGGCGGGGCCGGAUCGCUGUCGGGUGCGAUGACGGCAUGGUCGGCCUCCUGGAUCGCGGGUUCAAGCUCUCCUACGCCUUCCAAGCCCACGCUGCCUCCGUCCUCUUCAUCCAGCAGCUCAAGCAACGCAACUUCCUGAUUACUGUUGGAGAGGAUGAGCAGACGACACCCCAGCUAUCUCCAAUCUGCUUAAAGGUUUUUGAUCUUGAUAAGAUGCAGCCAGAAGGUUCAAGCACAACAAGUCCUAUGUGUGUGCAAAUAUUGCGGAUUUUUACCAAUCAGUUUCCUGAAGCGAAGAUCACGUCAUUUUUGGUUCUCGAGGAAGCUCCUCCUAUAUUACUCAUCACCAUAGGUUUAGAUACCGGUUCCAUUUACUGCAUCAAGGGUGACAUUGCCCGUGAACGUAUUACACGCUUCGCCCUUCUGGUAGAGCCUGUUGCAGACAAAAGCCUUGCUUCUAUUACUGGGCUCGGUUUUCGAGUGGAUGGGAGAGCUCUUCAACUCUUUGCUGUCACUCCUGCUUCUGUUAGUUUGUUUAGCUUGAACGAUCAGCCACCGAAGAGGCAUACCCUUGAUCAGAUAGGAUGUGAUUCCAAUGCUGUUACAAUGAGUGACCGGCUGGAUCUGAUUGUUGGUCGUCCUGAAGCUGUAUACUUUUAUGAAAUUGAUGGUCGAGGUCCUUGUUGGGCUUUCGAUGGUGAGAAGAAGUUCCUUGGAUGGUUUCGUGGAUAUUUGUUAUGUGUUAUUGCAGAUCAAAGGAGCAAUAGGAAUAUGUUCAAUGUCUAUGAUUUGAAGAACCGGUUGAUUGCCCAUAGCAUGGUAGUCGGGAAUGUUUCACACUUGCUGUGUGAAUGGGGUUACAUUGUGCUAAUAAUGAGCGACAAAAAGGUUCUUUGCAUAGGAGAAAAGGACAUGGAAAGCAAGUUGGAUAUGCUGUUUAAGAAGAAUUUGUAUACUGUGGCAAUAAAUCUUGUACAAAGUCAGCAAGCUGAUGCUGCAGCUACUGCUGAAGUACUGAGAAAAUAUGCAGACCAUUUAUAUGGGAAACAAGACUAUGAUGAGGCUAUGUCACAAUAUAUUCAUACAAUUGGUCAUCUGGAGCCUUCAUAUGUGAUCCAGAAAUUUCUUGAUGCACAACGGAUACACAACCUUACUAAUUACUUGGAGAAAUUGCAUGAGAGAGGAUUUGCUUCCAAAGACCAUACGACUCUUCUAUUGAACUGCUAUACAAAACUGAAGGAUGUAGAAAAACUGAAUAAGUUUAUCAAGGAUGAAGACGGUCGUGGUGAACACAAAUUUGAUGUGGAAACUGCCAUAAGAGUUUGUCGUGCAGCUGGCUAUCAUGAGCAUGCUCUGUAUGUUGCUAGGAAAGCUGAGAGACAUGAAUGGUAUCUGAAGCUUUUACUGGAAGACCUUGGCAGUUAUGAUGAGGCUUUGCUGUAUAUUUCUAGCCUUGAGCCUGACCAAGUGGGUAUUACUGUUAAAGAGUAUGGUAAGAUCCUUAUAGAACACAGGCCAGCUGAAACUGUUGAAUUACUUAUAAGACUCUGCACUGAUGAUUGGGAAUCAACAAAGAAGAGGAUGACCAGUGGGAUGCAUUUGGUUAUGCUUCCCUCUCCGAUGGACUUUGUCAAGAUAUUUGUACAUAACCCAAAGUCUCUUAUGGAAUUUCUAGAGAAGUAUAUCAGCAAGGUUGGGGACUCAGCUGCUCAAGUGGAAAUUCAUAACACGCUUUUGGAGCUGUACCUGUCUAAUGAUUUGAGCUUUCCAUCAAUUUCACAAGAAAUUAGCAACGAAAAUCGUGAUCCUAAAGUGGGAAGGCCUAAGGGAAUGACUAAUGGGUCUAUGGCAGAGAGCAGGGUUAAAAUGAAUGCUGAGAAUAAAGACCUUAAAAAGGAAAAGGAUCAUCUUGAAAGACAGCAGAAAGGAUUGGCCUUGCUUAAGAAUGCAUGGACAUCUGAUAUGGAGCAACCUUCGUAUGAUGCGUUUCUUGCUGUUAUCUUAUGUCAAAUGAAUGCAUUUAAAGAUGGUCUCCUGUUUCUUUAUGAGAAAAUGGAACUUUAUAAAGAAGUAAUUGCUUGCUACAUGCAGAACCAUGAUCAUGAAGGUUUGAUUGCAUGUUGCAAGAAGCUUGGGGACUCAACCCAAGGGGGAGAUCCAUCUCUUUGGGUUGAUGUACUGAACUACUUCAGUGAGCUCGGAGAAGAUUGCUCCAAAGAAGUAAAGGAGGUGCUGACCUACAUUGAAAGAGAUGAUAUUUUGCCUCCCAUUGUUGUUCUUCAGACAUUGUCUAAGAAUCCAUGCUUGACCCUUUCUGUCGUCAAAGAUUACAUUGCUAGGAAGCUUGAACAGGAGUCAAAGCUGAUAGAAGAUGAUCGUAAAUCUAUUGAGAAGUACCAGGAGGACACUGCUUCAAUGAGAAAAGAAAUACAGGAUCUCCGAACAAACGCAAGAAUCUUUCAGCUCAGUAAGUGCACAGCCUGCACUUUCACCCUUGACCUUCCUGCCGUGCAUUUUAUGUGCAUGCACUCGUUUCACCUGCGUUGCCUUGGAGACAAUGAGAAGGAAUGCCCAGAGUGUGCACCCGAAUACAGAUCCAUCUUAGAUACCAAAAGGAACUUAGAGCUAAAUGCAAGAGACCAAAAUCUGUUUUUCCAGCAGUUAAAGAAUUCAAAGGAUGGGUUUUCUGUCAUUGCAGACUAUUUUGGGAAGGGCAUAGUGAGCAAAACAAGUCCUGGUCCACCACAAAAUCCAUGAUGGAAGAGUACUUUAAGCAUUAUCUACAUCAGUGUGCCGUUUGUACUGUUUACCGGGAUGCUUCUUGAAAGCCUCCUUGAGGUCUUUGGACAAUUAAGUUUUAUAUCAUUAGUUUCUCAACCAUCGUCUGACUCUUGGUUGCUGCUUUUUCCUGAUGAUACGAGAUUGUCUAAGUAUGUUCAGUUCUUCGAGGCCUGAUCUUUGCAUAUUUGUUUACUUAAGCAAAGGAUUAAUUAUUCUGGGUGAUGAGAAAUACUGAGCAAUUGAGCCAGUGUUUCAAUUGCUUGCAAUCACUCGCUGCAAGAAGGGGAAUUUGUAUAGCGAGGGCAAAAACCUCUCCCGUGGAUUUCUGAUGCAAUGUGAAGUUUGUAAAAUUCUUGUGGUUUUUCUUUGUAACUGAGACGAUGAGUUCUCACAUCACUGAGUUUUCUUGUAAUACUCUUCAUCUGUACUUGUCAAAAUGUUUCUGACACCAGCUGAGCUUUAUGCAUUGGUAUUUUGCAGCA